AUGUCUCAGUGUGAUGGGAAACGGCCAAGUUGCGGACAAUGCCUGAAACUGGGACUCAAGUGCGACGGCUACGAGUCACGUACCGGAACUGUCUUUGUCAAUGUCACCACUGGCCAUUUCACCCCCCGUCUACCUGAGGGCGAGGGUGAGCGCGAUGGCGCCGGCGACGGCAGAGGAGAAGAAGGAAGUAGAGGAGAACCAAGCUCAAGCUCAAGCUCGUCCCGACAAGUCACGCUCCCUGACCUCCUGGCGCUGUCGGCCUAUGAGCAGAAGUAUCUCGCUGUUUUCUGGGACAUGUAUCUCCCCGGCCAAAGGCAAUUCCCGCAUCACAUCACGCGCUACACGGGCGGAGGCUGGACCAACGCGCUGCCUCGACUGUUUGGCCUCUCGCCGCCGGUGCGUAAGGCUCUGCUGGCCAUGUGUUUGACUGCGGCAGGCCAGACCGAGGGCAGGACGUGGGAAAAGCAAGAGGGCCUCCGGAGCUACAUGAGCUCUCUGAAGGACAUGUCGACCGCCCUCGCCUGCCCGGGCCGCGCAGAUUCCAAUGUCAUCACUCUGUGUGUCGCGUCCAGGCUGUCCAGUCUUUACGAGGCCCUCUUCGGACGCGACGAGCACGACAAGAUCAACAAUCAACAGUCGCGCAAUUGGCGAAACCACAUCCAAGGCGAGCUCGCCGUGCUGACGCGCCAACCCCCGGAGUACUAUGUUUCCGGUUAUCUGCACCAGCUCUUUGUAGACGGAAGGUUUCACCUGACAGCCGGGGCGAUCCAUAUGCGCAAGAAGACGGUCCUGAGCAAUGCCGAGUGGAAGACUGUGCCGUGGACGGCAGUCCCAAAGACCCCCAAAGACCUGCUGAUCGACAUCUUCGUUGACAUGCCGACGAUACUCCAAGACUUAGACGCCCUCCAGGCCUGUCCCGACCCAGCAUCCCAGAGCCUCAUGCAGGACCAGCUGGUGCAAAAGUGCCUGGCCUGUGAGCGAGAGCUCGUCGCCUGGCGAGCCAGCGUGGGAGUGGUUGAAGCAAACUACGCCUUCUAUAACGUCGACACCGGCACCGACACCGACAACCUGAACCCUCAUGCGUCGUUUUCAUUCUCGAUCGAUCGCAUAGCUGCAGCCCACAUCAUGUGUCUAUACUGGUCCAUCUGUAUCAUUGUCUACAGCACCCUUCGCACCCUCUCUCUCUCCUUCUCCCUCUCCUCCCAUUCUCACCCUCAGGCCCACCCGCCUCUGCCCCUGCCUUUGACUCAGACAAUCGACCCGGCCGUCUACUGCAGGAGGAUCGCCGAGGCUGUUCCGCUGCUCUUGCAUCCGCGCUCCGGCGUCUACGGUUUCCACCUCACCACCUUCCCUGUCGCCAUGGCCUUGACGUACUUGAGCCGAGAUGGCCACGAAUACGAAGAGAAGACCAUGAUCUUGGAUGCCUUUGCGACCUCGCACCACGGAAGCGCUGUCGGCGGCUUCAUUGCGAGCUUGCACCGCCAGCAGCAGCAGCGCCAGCAGCCGCAGCAUACCAUUCCGUCAGUGCCAGCUCAGCUGGCGGGCGAGCCAAGCCUGUCAGGUUGA